UAUGCUUUGAAAUCAGGUAGGUUAUAUAUAAUUUUUUAAUCCAUAGAUAUCAGGGCCAAUGCGGAGAAAGAUCCCGUGCCCGUGUGUGCGUAAGCUUAAAUAGGAAGCGUGUGCUUCCCUUUUUCAAAGAUGAAAGUAGAUUUGAUAACGCAUUGAAGCAGAAGGCGUGUGUUUCUCCUUUCCCCCAAAAGCAAAAGGCCAAUUGAAAAGAAUACAUCCAAAAUGGCAAACUCACCGGUAUCCGUCUUCGGCCUUGGAGCCAUGGGCACCGCCCUGGCCACCCAAUUCCUUCGAAAAGGCCACAAAACCACAGUCUGGAACAGGACCCCGGCCAAAGCACAACCCCUUAUCGCUAUCGGCGCAUCCCAUGCUCCCACAAUCGACUCUGCCGCCGCGGCUAGCUCUUUACUCAUAAUCUGCCAACUGGAUAAAGCCUCCGUCAUGCAAACCCUCCAACAAGCCCCAACGGCAUGGGCCGCAAAGACAAUUGUUGACCUUACAAACGGCACACCAGCCCACGCCAGAGAGACGGCGGACUGGGCUCUCGCGCACGGGGCUCGAUACAUCCACGGCGGAAUCAUGGCCGUACCAUUCAUGAUCGGCCAGCCUGAUGCCAUGAUCCUCUACAGCGGACCAGCAGAGGUGUUCGAGGGGGUAAAGGAUACCCUCUCCGUGCUGGGCACCAACACAUACGUCGGCGAGGACGUGGGGCUUGCCUCGCUGCACGACCUGGCUCUUCUGAGUGGCAUGUACGGCCUGUUCAGCGGCUUCACGCACGCCGUGGCGUUGGUGCAGUCCGCCAACAUUCCUGCGGCAGGAUUUGUUGCGACGCAGCUCAUCCCCUGGCUGACUGCGAUGACGCAGCAUUUGAAUCUGUUGGCGACGCAGGUGGAUGAGAAGGAUUACGGGGAUGGCGGGUCGAGUUUGGACAUGCAGGCGAAGGCUGCGCCAAAUAUAUUGGAGGCGAGUCAAGCCCAGGGUGUUUCGGUGGAACUUAUUCAGCCUAUUUUCAAGUUGAUUGAGAGGAGGGUUGAGGAAGGCAAGGGUAGUGAGGGGCUUGCUGCGCUUGUUGGGAUGAUCAUGAAAGGGGGCACAAAGGACAGUGUGUGAAAUGCGAUAGACGUAUAUAGUAAGGCGAUAGGGUUUAGGGAGAGCUGGUAUAGAAGCUGUUUCCUGGCUUUUUUUUUUUGUCUACCAGCGGCCAUAUCACGUAUCAAUAUGCAUCAUAGAUGUACAAGUGAAGAAACUUUGUGCGUAGCCAGAUAUUUAUCAACUCUCAAAAAUGUUGGAGAAGGGAAUUGGCUGAUGAGAAAGCAAAUAUAUUGGCCAUCAUCGCAUGGAUGGUAAAAGUGAAUGUGUGAAUCCUACUUUUUCGGGAAACGUAGUCCAUGAAUAAUCAAAGGGGAAUCGGGGAUCCUCUGUGAAUAAAGGUGUCCAAUAUGGGUGUAGAAGGGUACUGAACAUGUUCAUUAUCAAUCACUUCUACCAAAUGUCACAGACAUAGAACACAAGACAAGGGCUUAUUGUUUCA